UGUAGCCAUCUUAGAUUUAUUAUUUCCCUAUGUCCGAUCCUAUACUGAAUCGGAAUUCGAAGUUCCUGUAAUAUUUCUAACCUCUUCUUUAACGAAUGUUCCGGUAUUUACUAGUUUAAAAUUCAUUCAUUCGUUAGUACUUAUUUAAUCUAGUAAAAAUAAUAUGAUGUCGCGUUCAGUGCGAGCAGAGACUCGAAGUCGUGCCAAAGAUGAUAUUAAACGUGUAAUGCAAGUUGUUGACAAGGUUCGCCAUUGGGAAAAAAAAUGGGUAACGAUAGGUGAAACAACUAUGAAAAUUUAUAAAUGGGUACCAAUUUCGACUCUUGAUCAGAAGAAGAAGGGAAAAACUGGAUCGGACAAAGAAAAUGGAAUACCUAGGAAAGGUGGAAUAGAUAAUUCUAAUUCAAAUUUUGGCCUAACAGAAGACUCAAAUACUUGUUUUUCAACAGUAAGUGAUUCUCAAGGAAUGACUGACUUCUCAACACAUUUAGGAUUUUCUGAAGAUUCUAAUUCUCAAAAUAGUGAACCAGCUCCUAAGAGGUUAAAGACUGAUUAAAAUUAUAAUUAUAUUUAUAAAUCGAUAAAUAAAAUUUUUCUUCAUUUUUUAAUUUCACAUAUCUGCAUAUAACGAGUUUAGGUUGAAAAAAUAAUCUCUUAAAUAUAUGAAAUAGAUAGUAUUUAGAGAAUUCUAUACUUCGUGAUUUUAUAAGUAAUUGAUUUACUGCACGAAGUGUUCUCUAAAUGGAUGGAAAAAGAAAAAUAGGAAAAUUUUGUUUAUUAAAUUUCAUUCAUAUCUAAGAUCUAUUAAAUAAUAUAUUAUACGAGAAAUUAAAUCUUGAAAACAUUUUAGAUUUGUAUAUUAAGGUUUAUUUUUUUACAUAUAAAUUUACUAUCAAUUUUCUUUAAGCGAGUUUAAAUAUUAUGUAUUAAUAAUAUUUUGAGAUUUAGUGAAACAAAUUUUAUUGACAAUGAAUGUGCAAUCCAUUUAUUAUUUAUUUCAAAAAUAUUCUGUUAAUAAUAAUAAUAAUAAGUGUUUAACAAAUUUGAAAUCAUGAAAGUUCAAAUGUUCUGUUAAAUGUAUUGUACAUUCAGAAGUGUUUAAGUAUUGUAUUGUUUUUGCAAACAAAUACAAUA